CUUGAGCGGUUGACAACCGAGAGAGAGCAGGCUCAAGGAGUGUGACAAAAAUAGAAUAACAAAAAAAAGAACAGAAACCAAAGCGAAACGGAAAGAAAUGUUGUAGCCAAAAGUUAAAUAAACCCAAAAAAAAAACCAAAUCAAAGCAAAGGCAAAGCAGCCAUAUUUGAUUCGAUCGAAGUUCGAAGUUCGAAAGUUCGGAUUGCGAAAGCUUAAGCUGAGCUUGCAAUACGCUGUUGUGUCUGUGUCUGUGUUCUAGUGUGCUAGUGUGUGUGUGAUUCGUGUGAGCAGGAUGGAGCAUGACAGCUUUGAUGAUCCGAUCUUCGGGGACUUUGGCGGGGGCCCCCUAAAUCCGCUGGGUGCCAAGCCCCUGCUGCCCACCUCGACGGCCAUGCAUCCCGUCAUGCUGGGCAGUGUCCACGAGCUGUGCAGCCAACAGCAGCCGCAGCAGCAGCAGCAGCGUCUGCCCGACUGCAACACCAUACUGCCAAAUGGCGGCGGUGGCGGCGGCAGCGGAGGAUCCCCCAGCUAUGUGCCGAAACUGGAUUUUGGCAACAAGAUUGGUUGCUACUCGCCCAGCCAGAAGUACGAGUACAAGCUGGUGGAUCAGCAUCAGCAGCACCAACAGCAGCAGCAGCAGCAGCACCACCAUCACCACCAGCACUACGCCGUCACGCCACCGCCCAGCCACAACGGCAUCCUGCACCACAAGCAGCAGGCAUCCUCGAACCAACAGCAGCAGCAGCUGGUGGGCAUCAUGGACUACCAUCCGCUAAACGGAAAACUCGACUACUCGCCCAAGGAUCAGUACGAGCCGCAGCCGCAGCAGCAUCCGCAAUUGCAGCACCUCUACGGCGGCAGUCCGCACCACCACUUGGACCACCUGGAGCACGGCGAUGGCUUGAUCCAGGACUCCACGCCCGUUUUGAUAAACGGCGGUCCUGGCUCGGCCGGAGGCAAGCUCAAGAAACCCGACGAAAUGUGCGGCCAGAUGCAGGAUGCGGGUGGCUCGGGCGUCACACCACCAGCCACCACCUCGUCGGGCAUCACCAAUGGCGGGACGCCCAAUGGCAGUGGCAGUGCCAGUGUCUCUGCUGGGGGCCAGGGCGCCGCCUCGGUCGCAGUUGUGGGCGCCGCUGGUGGCGUCGUUUCUGCCGCCGCUCCCAAGAAGGAUGGCGGCAACAGCAGCAAGAAGAAGGGCGAUCCCAAUGGCAUCAAGAAGAAGAAAACGAGAACCACCUUCACAGCCUACCAGCUGGAGGAGCUGGAGCGCGCCUUUGAGCGUGCCCCUUAUCCGGAUGUGUUUGCGCGCGAGGAGCUGGCCAUCAAGCUGAACCUGAGCGAGUCCCGGGUGCAGGUGUGGUUCCAGAACCGACGCGCCAAGUGGCGGAAGCACGAGCCGCCACGCAAAACGGGCUUCAUCAAGACGAGCACUCCGCCGACGGCAACGCUGAACAGCAGCCUGGCGCCGCCCUUCACCAGCUAUCCGCAGACGACGACAGUGACGCCGCCGGGCAGCAUGGACAGCUGGACCAGCUACCAGACGCCCUACGAGCUGACGCCACAGUUCAGCCUGCUCUCGCCGGCGGCCAGCCCCUAUGGCACCUACUCCGGCCAGUACGGCACCUAUGUGCACGAGAGCCAGCUCUUUCCCAUGCGACACUUCGACUACGGCAGCAGCCCCAGUCGCAUGGAAAUGGGCGCCACCACGGGCUCCGUGGCGGGUGUGUCCGGCGGCGAGGAGGCAACGGGCAAUGGCAGCCAGUACCAGCCAGCAGAGCUGCAGGCCACACAGCAGCAGAUGGCCGACGGCACGCUGGUCACCCUCAUACCCGAUCACGCUGAUCCGCACCAGCAGCAGCAGCAGCAGCAGCAGCAACAGCAGCAGCAGCAGGCGCAGGCGCAGCUCAAUGGUAAAUAUCUGAGCGCGGAGCAGGCCAAGUAUGUGCAUCUGCAGUGCCAUCAAUCCUCGACGGGCCUCGAGCUGAGUCCCGGCUCCAACUGCCAUUUGGUGGAGGCGCAGACGCAGCAUUAUGUGACAACGGGCGCGGGCUCUGGGGCGGGUGCAGGGGCAGGGGCAGGCAAUGGUAGUGGCAGCAGCGAUGACAACGACAGCGGCCUGCAGACUGUGAUCAAGAGCGAGGAGUCAGCCCAGCAGCAGGCACAGAGCUAUGUCCUGCCGCCUUUUUUGCACUAAGAGAAAUGCUCUCACACCGUCGCCAGCAGCAGCAACAACGACGCUGGGCAUCGCCCCAAACUCAAAGCGCAGCACGCAGCUUCCGGCGGCCAUUUUGAAUGUGGUGUGUGUGCAGCAUUUCUAACUGUAAACUGGGUCGUCCCUAACCUAACACGUGGACAGCAGAAACUACCAAAUACUAGUGGACUGAAAAUACCAGAGUGCUGGUAAUUUUUGUGGUUUUCUGAGGGUCCUAGCUAAUGUUUUCAAUCUAUUUAUGUACGCUAUGCCAUAGGUUCCUUUUUAGUCUUUAGUUUACGUAAGUUGCAACAACAACAGAAUCAACAAGUCUUGCCAAAACUUAAUGCGGUUUUUGUUCAGUCGUAAGUGUUAGGAUUAGUUCCUGGGUAGGGUGCGCGAACCCGAACCGUACCCCCCAGCAUGCAUUCCAAAUGUGCCUUACGGGCGACGGAGGAGCGCAAAGAGAGUGCUGCGUCCGUCCCCAAAACCAAAUUUAGCUAUAGUCAGCCUUCGUCUCUAAGUUAAACCAUAAACUGUUGUGUAGUUAGACAAUAAAAUGCUUUUUAUAUUCAAUUCUAUUUUAGCUCAUUUGGCUUUACAAAGUUUACUUUACUUACUGACUAAUUUAUACCCAUAAUCGUAUUCGUAUUCAAACAGCAUUUUUGUAUAUCAAAAUUAUUACAUAAAUACGCCUGGAUUCUAGCCUAAAUUUUAUAUAUUUGUAGGCAAUACUUUAGAACAUUUCGCAAAUGUAAAUAAUAGAUAUUAAAUAAAGCCUAUUUUUUAACAAAACAAGCAACGAAAACUAUAAAACAAACGAUAAAGGAUAUAUGCCAUGCCCCCUACAAAGGAUUUGUUCUAUAAAAUACUGGAUUAAAUAAGCAAAAAAAAAAGCACGGUAAAUGAUCAAAGAAUAUUUCGA